AUGAUUGCAGCAGUGGAAUCAAUCCUUAGUCAGACGGAGGCUACGGAGGAGACUAAGAGCCUCAUCCGACACCAAGUGUCGUCCCUUCUGAUGGCUCACAGGCGGCGGGAAGUGUUGCCCAAGGUCGAACGUGAUGUGCCUAGAGAACUCAAGGCCGACAAAGACCUGGUCAUCGUCCCAGCGGACAAGGGGCACUCCAUGGUUGUACUGGACAGGGCAGACUACCUUCAGAAAGCUAAAGGUUUACUGGAGGACCGACAGCUCUAUGUCCCAUAUGCAACGAACCCUGUAAAAGCGCUGACGCACGAAACUAAUGCUACGUUGUUGGCCUUGGAGAACUCAGGUGCAAUAACACCGACCGACGGACGCAUGGCGAGACCCCAAGAUACAACUUCGACCCGAUUCUAUGGUCUCCCUAAGGUGCACAAAGACGGCGCUCCUCUUCGACCCAUCGUGUCGCUCAAAGGUACUCCAACGUGCGGAAUGGCUAAAUGGCUGUUCCGGCGUCUCAAAGUCCUGGCCGCUGAGUCAUACACCACGGUCUCUCCGUCAGCACAAUUCCUGGAGAAACUCAAAGGGGUAAGCCUCCAUCCAAAUGAGGUCAUGGUAUCUUUUGUCGUUGCGUCCCUUUUAACUUCCAUUCCCCAGGACCUGGCGAUCGAAACAAUCUAGCAGUUUCUACAAAGCAAGUACGAUUAAAAGGAGAAUCGUCUUGGACAUGCCCAAGUCCUUCAACUCCUGAAUUUCUGUCACAGGACGUACUUCACGACUGCUUCCUGGGACACGUCUCUUCACUUCAACUGCUCUGCUCACCGACCUUACGAAUGGGGGCUGAAAGACAUUACUAAGGAACGCAAGGGAGACUGAAAUGGCCACUUCCGGCUUGGUAGCCGUCAUCAGGGAGCCAUACCCAAACAUAGGUUUUGCUACUCCUGAGGCUUUAACCUGUGAACUGUCAUUCUUUGAAGUACAAGUUAAAAAAGUGGCGAGUGAGAAGAUAAGGAAGACGGCAGUCCUAAGGCACAUCCUUCACUCUCGAAACAACCACCCUGUUGGUAACAAACGCAGCCGUGUCAGUACCUUCUCUCAACAUGUCUAAAUGUACUGUUGCGACGAGAGUAUGGGGAAGAGGGAGAUUGUGUACGCAUAUGCUCUUUUUAAAGCCAACAGCUAUCCGAAAUCCUUCAUACGAAAGUGCCUCAGCAAAUCUCAUUUUGGGUAGUAUAGCGGAGAAUAGCCGAAAUGGUAGACGGUCACUCACUGAUCGUACUUACGGAACUCAUUCUUCCCGUUAUGCCUUACGGACUCUCUUUCGAGCCCAACCAGCAGUCGCACAGCGGCGCGUGAUAUUGGCAGAAUGUUACUACCGACAAUGACAAGGGAGACUGGAAUGGCCACUUCUGGCUUAUUAGCCGUCUUCUGCCAGUCAUACCCAAGCCCGAGGUGUGGAACACCUGCGGCUACGCGAGUCGAGCCCUACACUAAGGCAACGGCAUUGAGUUUGCACCUGGACACUGGCUGACUGAUCUUGGCUAUGCCGAUGCUACUGCCUUACUUGCUUUAAGUCUCGAUGAUUCAUCCAUAAACGGUUCAUCCAUAAACGCUGGGAAGACUAAAGUGUUUUCAAACUGUAUUGCUGACUAGGAGAAGGCGACCCUCGGGAUUUAUGGCUGACAACUUGAAGAAGUAGACAGUUUUAACUACCUGGGGGCGAGGCUGCUGCCGAAUGGACAGAGUAAGGACGACAUUGUCUCCAGAAUUGAUAGCUGCCCGACGGGGUUUCUCAAGCCUUCGAAAAUGUCUAUGGAUCCGACACCACACCCCCAUCGCCAUCUAGAUUCGCGUGUGCCGUACAUCUGUCCAGUCUCUCCAGGUUGUGAAUGCUGGGCUAUGCGCGUGGUAUUUGACCACCACUGCUUGAGAACCAUCCGUCGAGCGAAGUACAUCAACUUUGUCCCAAAUGAGACAGUCCGCACUCGCUGCGACAACAUGGCACGGAUAACCCAGGCCAUCUAAGAAAGACGGCUGAGGUGGUUCGGGCAUGUUUUUCGUCAUCCACCUCAGGAGCUUAAUGUUACUACCCUCGAUCAGGCCCCGUUACCCUAUUGACGGCGUCGAAGAGGCGGUCAACUCAAAACCUGGCUCAACAGAGCCCGUCAAGCCCUGAAGGUGGUUCUUGGAUCUUCAGUGUUGGGUGUUCGAAGUUGGAGAUGAGAAUUAGUCGAUCUAUCCAGAUCUGCUGCUGCGGAUCGUCCCGUGUGUAGAAGUAUAAUUCCGGACAUCAUCGAGGCCGGCUACAUGAGACAUGCUCGCAGCCGUACCAGGUACGUGCUGUAAAGUUACCAAACUUAUGGGACAACUUACUCUUUCUGUAAUGGUUCCUUUUUCGUGUAGACUGUAGCGGUCAGCCAUUAUAACCGGUCUGGCGUCAUUGUUCAAGACCUCGCUGCCUCAAGGUCAUCCACCCAUUUGCAGUGAGCCGUUCCAGACGCGCUGACCUGAAGUCACACGACCGACAGUUCGGACAUACCAGCGUCCGCACAGCCGCAGCUGCCCAUGAGGCCACUUGAACGCGCCACCACCUGCAACCAGCAAAACAAGCCACUGGGACACCACCCCUCGGCAAAUGCAACGCACACUGACUGCACACCACUUGAGCUUGGCCCACGAGCCUACAAAAGUGGCUGCCACCACUGCCUCACGGACUCUCAGGAAUGACUGGACGCAGUCAACACCAGCCCUGGAUUCGCCAGUGGCUACUGCCGCCUGAGAGGACAACCCCGGGUUUUGUGCACGAUAAACCCCUCAUUCGAGACCUACUUCCGUCUCCCUACAACUUGGGAUUUGGCCUGACGAUAGUAACACUCUGAGUACAGAGUGCACACACUCACACCGCUUGGUCACCACAACGGUCUCACGCAUUUUAGGUCAGAACCCUCCUCACAAAAGCCCUGUACACAUUGCGCAGGAACCAGGAUUUGUGUGGUACGUGUGUACGCUGUGUACAGGUCCACCUCCGGUCUGCCUGUUGUUGUUUUGCGCAGACGCUGCGCACAACCACCGCACUAUAAACCGCGGCCACCUUGAUGCGCUCAAUCUGUGGACAAAACGGUGGACAUAGCCACUGAUACGGUCGAGCUGCCAUUGAUUUUUGACCAAGGAUCAGUUGCGAUAACAGGAACCAAAGCAACCAGGUGACCUUUCAAAUGUAAAUAGAGUAGAUGUGCUAACUCAUGAAAUGUCAACCAAAAUUUCGAAAUGCGUUCUCGUUUCGAAAAGAUAAAGUAAGCAGUGUUGUAAAACUAAUCAUGAUGCAGCAUAAAUCUAUAGUGAUCCAGUUACCUUAGAGCGUCGGCUUUCGGAAGAACUUAUUUUCGGCUGCAUGCAAGAUCGAAACUCUGCAAAAAAUGACUACUUAAAAAGUAUGCAAUUUUCUAAUUGAUUUUCGAUGCUCUUGAAAAUUCAAUUAUAUUUCAUAGAAAACAAACAUAAAAAUAUUCAUUCUUUUACUUAUUCGGUAGAAAAUCACGUCUUCUUCCAACUUCGUACUCAAAAGAAGAGUAUAAUUCAGUUUUAAAAAAGUUUCUAAUUGUGAGAUUUUUUAAUACCGUUAAAUGGUCGUUCAUAAAACGUCAUGUAUCCGCAUUUACGAAUGUGGCUUGUACAGUUGACAAUAUUGUUCCAAUCCACUGCUUAAUUUUAUGAACCUCAUAUGGUCUCCUCUUAACACCGUAGGGAAAUGCAUGGUUUUCCGUACACGAAAAAUAUACAGCUUGUAAUCUUGAAAUCCUAAAUGCAAGUGUAAGAGCAGGUCGGGUUCAAAAUUAUUCGGAAUUAGAAAAGUUUUUUUAAAACCGAAUCAUAUUCCUUUUUGAGUAUGAAAUUGGAAGAAGACGUGAUUUUCUACCGAAUAUGUAAAAAAUGAAUAUUUUUAUGCAUGUUUUCUGUGAAAUAUAAUUAAAUUUUCAAGGGUAUCGAAAAUCAAUGAGAAAAUUUCAUACUUUUUAAGUAGUCAUUUUUUUGUAGAGUUUAGGUCUUGCGUGCAGCCGAAAAUAAGUUCUUUCGAAAGCUGACACCAUGAGGUAACUGGAUCAUUGUAGACUUAUGCCGCAUCAUGAUUAAUUUUACAACACGACUUAAUUCAUAUUUUCGAAACGAGAACGCAUUUCGAAAUUUUGGUUGAUAUUUCAUGAGUUAGCAAAUCUACUGUAAGUUGCAGUAUUUAUAGGAUGUAGUAGCUAUGCUACCGCACACCUAUAGUAAUUGACCGCGCUCCCCUUCAUGAAAAACUUGUUGCCCACUGUUGCACUAAGCGCUUGAUUACCGGCAUGCAACUUGUUAACUGAUGAAAUCUCACUACGCGUGUUGGAUGCUGGCGUGAUGACUGCACGGCCAUCUGGCUCAUCGGCCUGCGGGCUCCCCGAGUGGUUACUUGAUUUGGCCAGACUAUGCGUCAGUACCGAAUAUGGGGUGGGGAUGUCGUUGCACUUGUUAAUAGACUGAGGUCCGGUGAACCAUGAGUUAAGCAAAUCACAGCUCACGCGGGUAUCACCUUUCGCGAGAAUUUCGGCCUCAGCCAACUUGAAUGUGUGGCCAGGUCACAUCGAAUGGGCCGCGACUUGAGAGUUGGCGUCAUUUCUCCGUACCGCUGCCGCGUGUUCGGCAAUUCGCGUGCGGAACAUUCUUCCAUUUUAUCCGAAAUAGUUGCUUUGUCCGCAACUGCCCCACAUCUGGUAACCGACUCCAGAUGUUCCUUGCUGUGGCAGUGGGUCUUUUGGUCUCAUCACCUGAGGCCUUAUGGCGGCCUCCGGUCUGUGUGUAACUCCAACCCCCUAGUGGUUCGCGAAGUCGAACAACGACCUUGGAGACGUUCUUGAUGUAUGUGAUCGCUCACCAGAAUUUGGGAAUGCCAGCUGGUAAUUUUUUCCUCCUCCAUCCUAAAUUGCAUGCCCGGCAAGACGCUGUUGAGACCUUCUUUUAACGUUAGCACCUAAUUCUGUUUGAUAACGACGAAAGUAUCGUCCACAUACAGAGCCCAGAAUUUCGGUCUUCCAACACCACAGACCGAAAUUCUACCCCUCGCUCCAGCUGUUAGACUAUUAAUGUCAAGUGGUUUGUCAUUCAAAUCGACUCUCGUAUCGACUUGCUCAUGGAGGACACCGUGUUUGCCAAGCAUGUUAGCACAGUGACACGAACCCCAUGCUCCAGAUCACGUGUUGCCCUUAAGCACUCACCCUCGCAAAAUGUACCCCUGUCUUGUUUAUCGCCCACCCACUCCAAUCGUCACAGUUGGCGAAUUGGUCUGAACUAAAUGAGUUGACGCGUUAGUCAGUCUAGUUACUUGACUGCAACGCAGCAGGUAAACAAUUGCGUGCAAUAUUCAAAACACAGACCCUUUUCUUAGCCACGGCUUCCCAACUUUCGACGUCGAAAAGUGUUUUAUAGAGUAGUGGUUGUGUCCAACACCCGUGGCAGCAGGUAGGGCAGCUCAACCGCCGCAAAUGUCGAUAUUCACAACUUUCCCGGGAUCGUUCACGUGAGUUUGGCUGUAGAAGUCUAUAGCAAAGAAAAUAUGACUAGCGAUUGGUGUGGAAUCGAAUGUAGACAGUGUUAAACGGUCCGUCUAUUGUGUGCCAAAGGAAAAACGAGUUUUCGCGUCGAGUGGCAGUCUUUGAACUCACAAAAUGUCCUGAAUCCUCCUAGUUUCAAGCAAGUUGAGUUUUUGGCAAUAGGAAAGACGCUAAGUUCCCCUAAGAAAUCGUAUCCUAGUCCCAGCUCCUUUUCCUCCCCGGCAUGCACCACUUACCCGUCCGAGUCUACUUGCGGGCUGAAAAUUAGAUUAGACGCAUUGGUUGACCUGUCAGUAAAGUUUCUGGACUUCAACAGUAUUCCCAAACUCUGAUCUAAAGUUGUUGUAAUGGAACCGGGUAAAUUGCUCGGGCGUAUAUGUCGCGUUCGCUGACAGAGGCUGCUGAGAGCAUUAGCCAGUUUAAAUAAUUAAGUGUUGUAUGCACUGGGCAGCUGGCAAGGAGAUGAGAACCAGCUUUCGUCGAAUCCCUCGGUGAUGCUUCCUUCGAAACUCAAGGGCGGCUCCGUCGUGUCCCGCCAUUUACUCCAACUUCGCAGAGUUCUCCUGGCAAUUUAUGUUCGCGAGGUCAGGACAAACAGGCCGUCUUUUGCUAGCUAAGGGGAGUUCGAUUAAAUUAACAUGUACGUGGAAGCCAGGCGAAGCCUGCGAAACCGUAUCCUAGUUCCAGCUCCUUUCCCCCCUCCCGCAUGCACCACUUACCCGUCCGAGUCUACUUGCGGGCUGAAAAUUAGAUUAGACGCAUUGGUUGACCUGUCAGUAAAGUUUCUUCCUCCGACUUGCCACGCACAUGCAUUUAUUAUCCAGCACAGAUCGGUCCUUCACAACAAACUUAAGCCACAAACUGCGGAGAUCCCCCUUUGGGCAGAAUGAACUUGCAUUGCUGGUUGUUUGGCGGGGUAUACAGGUGGUUGGCAUGGCUGCCCUCGUCCUUCCGACCCCUGUGGGGGUGUCGUUGUUGUUGACGAUGGUGAAAAAUCCUGGUCAAAAGUAUGCUGUGAACCAGAAGGUGUGGUGGUACGCCUAGGUGGGGUCCGGCCGUGCCAGGCACCUGCGCCCUCCUCCGCCUCCGGGCUUCUUGGCUCUGUCUUGACACCGGGUCCGUGUGGGGAGUAGGGAAGUGUGAGUGCGAUAGGUGCCGCGCAAGUCACCGUGCCUGUGGCACACGGUGGAACUGUCAUUUGGCAGAGAAAUCUACACCUUAACUCACCCCUAGAAUAACAUUGCUGAUCACUGAUGCUGGUCUAACAACAAGGGCAUUAAUACUAUUCUAAAAUACCUAAAGGCCCUGCUUGCAGAAGGUGGUGUUUUGCAUUACUGAAUAAGUGACCUAAGGCAACCAUUUUUUUCGCAUUUCAACCUCUUUAUGCUUUAAGUUCCUCAAAUAUUCCCAUGUUACAAUUGAAAAGUCAAGUUGGCGAAUACGCGUUUUCGGUAAUUCUUCCUCAGGCCAAUACAAUUACAUGAAGGAAUGAAAAUGUACAAAAUCAACAGUGUUUAUAGAUGCCUCAAGGGCUAUUAAGUCACUAACACUCAUCAUCCCCACGCCGCCCGCAUGAGAAGAUCGGCGGGUGUUAGUCGUCAGAGCUAGGGGAGGGGGGUUAGAGAGUCUUUGAGUGAUGUUCUUGGGUGGAGUACACGGAGUACCCAUCAUCGUGAUAAGGGAUUUGAGGCGGCAUGGCUUCAUCACUUGGGGUUGGCGUUGGCCACGGCAGCGAAAGCGCUUGUGUCAGAGUUUCUGACAGCAUAACACCGGAUUCGCUAACCGUAUAGCUACUGCCUCGGCCGUUGCUUUCUUCUAACUGGAACUAGCCAUAAGGACCUUACUUUGACGUAUUGGUGCCAAACUUCAUUUUGGCACGAAGGUGGAAUUUUAUCGAAAUAUCAAAAGAGAAAUUAAGACGGGUAUGCAGGAAUCAAAUAGUAGAAAAAUAUGAAAAUGGUAAUGGCUGCGGUUUUCUUGAGGCCAGACAGUUUCUCGACCCUGUAAUUAGGGAUCAACAGACGCGUUUGCAUCAACUUCGUAGAUUAACCUGAGGCCUUCCCAAUCUUAGGAAUCCGUCAGGGAAGCAAAUUCAUUGUUAGAGGCCAUUUUUAUAUUUCAGGUCAGACUAGGAAUCGUCUUAGAUAUAUGAACUGGACCUGAACAGUAUUCCCAAAUUCUGAUAUAAAGUUGUUGUAAUGGAAGCGGAUAAAUUGCUCGGGCGUAUAAUUUGCGUUUGCUGACAGAGGCUGCUGAGAGCAUUAGUCAGUUUAAAUGAUUAACUGUUGUAUACACUGAGCAGCUGCAAAGGAGAUGAGAACCAGCUUUCGUCGAAUCCUUUGGUGAUGCUUCCUUCGAAACUCAAGGACCACUCCGUCCUGUCAGGGCAUUUACUCUCACCUUUCAGAGUUCUCCUGGCAGUUUAUGUUCGCGAGGUCAGGACAAACAGGCCGUCUUUUGCUAGCAAAGGGGAGUUCGCUUAAAUUAACAUAUACGGGGACGCCAGGCGUUUCUGUCACCAUAGGGAAAUUGUCACAGGCAGUCGCGACAGAGUCAAGAAAAAAUGGGGCAAUUUUUAAUAACUGUCGCCAGCCAACUAUUCUCAAAAGCCGCUCUGAAAGAAUUGGUAUUCGUAGUCGAAACCUCUGGUCGCUGAGUCAUUAAGUCGAACGUUCUGACAACGUGAGUGGUGGGCACAAAGACAUUUUGAAAAAGAGCCCCUACCGUUUUUUUAAAAUUUGCUGUACUUAGAGCCGUAAAACAGGUUGUCUGGAGAUCAGUCGUCAAGCCCAGCUGCUUUAUCGUGUCAGUUAGUCCGAAAUUCCCUCCUCUUUGGAGGUUAGAUUCCAUAAAUUUCCGCGCCACUGGUAAAAUUUUCGGAUGUAGAAAAAACUACAAGGUGGGUUGCUGAAAAGUUGAUAGUAAACCAUCUCAGAAGAAGUUUCGAUUUUGCCUGUCUACGAGCGUCGGGGUGCGAUAAUUUCUUUGACGCACAAUCUGAGGACGAUACAUUUGGUUUUUAUCGGACCGCGAAGAUCCUGGCGAUCUUGAAGGGAAUGAAACCCAACACAGCAAGGAGAAGGCUUAGGCACAACCAUGGCUCUAGCUACACAAACUACGAGGCCCCAAGGGAAGCAAUUAAUUUAAUCACAUUCAAAAUCUGCCAAAACAUCUAAUAUUUACGUGAGCUUUGUCAUCACCUGAUGUAUUCUAGAUAGAUUCCGUAGGGGAUCCUGCUUGGGUAGUCGGUUUACUGUUUCAGGUUUGGUGGAUUCCAGAAGUUGCAGUAGGCUGAGUGGGUAACUUGAUCCAAAUGUGAUUAAACUCAUGUCCCCCGGUGAGGCGUCGUACCUUAGGUGACCAGAGCGUUGACCGUACUUACACUACGUCCUUACUGUCAUGGGUUUUAAUUCCACCAGAAUCGCUGCGUUUUGGCGAUUCGGUUAAAGAGAAGCAUUCAAAAUCUGCGAAAGCACAUCUUAUAACGAAAAUAGCAAUACAAUGCUCUCUAGGCAUCAUUUCAACCUUUAAUCGUUAUUUUGCCGACACCGCUCGACCUCAGUUCGCUAACAGUGUCACUAUUUAAGGCAAAAGCGCCAUCUUGCUAUCCGAAUUUUGGCAUAAUUGAAUACGAUUCGCCUACUUCACCUACGGUGCCAAAAUAUGAAUGACGCAAACCAGGUGUCUGAAUCCUCACGGUUAACUGACUUAACUGCAUACCUCAGUAAAAGCCUGUCUGCCUAAUUACUUUCAUAGGCGUUCCACCACGCACGCCCAUGUCCCGCUAAAUGACAUUAAUUUACAGUAUAUCUCUAGAUAUGCCCGGGUUGUUUCUGUGGCUCUUUGCAAUCAUAUUAGCAGAGCACAGACGUCACACUUAAAUACCGCGACUUCCGGCAGUAAAUCAGACUUCCACGCGUGCAGGCGACUGAUCGCAUGAUGUCUCGACCAGAAUCACCUUUUGCGUUCGCCUGAAGUUUCGCUAUGCUGCUUACAGUUUUUUGGGAUCGAUAGGCUCAGUUUUUAUAAGUAUAUCGAACAAGCGAAAUUUGAACAAUUAUCCCUUGAUGAGAUGGCCUGAAGCUCCUCUCAAAGCAAAACUUCAAGAAUCUUUUCCCACUUCCGUUCGCUGCGCAUGAAAAGAUUAUCAGCAGGAAGUGUCCUCUGUUAGAAAAAAUUGUCCUGCAACUUAUUCUGUUGUAAUUCUUCGGGAGAAGACUGUUGUGACUAAUAACAGCAGUUCACGCAGGCCUCUUAAUUAUUCUUUUCGACAAAACAGUCAGACAUUAAUGCGCCUACUGCGCAUUUGUUUAUUCUUCAUGCGAAUUUUGCGGGCGCAUUUUUCUGACGAAACAAUGGACAGAAAGAGUUAGUUUGAGUAAUAAUGUUAAGGUUUUGAUUAUUUUCUGCUCCCAAAUCAAAAUGCCGCUUGCGGAAGAAUCGGGUUUUUGAAAUCCAUAAAUUUAGUUAACUUAUACGUAUAUACGUAUGCUUCUGCGUAGAAAUGAUUGUUCUUAAGGCAAAUAACCUUCUUUAAUUUAUUAUUUCUGAUUGUCUUUUUAAAUUUUUUACGUGGUUACAAGUUUCGCUCCGCGAACACAGUCACAUGUACUCUCCAGGUGACCUGCUUGCCGGUGGGUGAUCACAUGCACCGUGUUGACUAUAGUGCGCAGGUGGAGUGUAUGUCCUCCUGGAGUAAAACCUGCCACACGUGGUUUGAUUUAAAUCUAAAUCAAAACGAGAAUAUGCGUCCCCAUACAGCAGGUGUGCUAACUCACGAAAUGUUGACCGAAAUUAUGGAAUAUUUUUUAGUUUUGAAACGAUUACUUAAAUAGGGUUAUAAGAUUAGUCAUUGGGCAGCAUAAUUCUACAAUAAUUCGGUUACCUCGGAAUGCCGGCUUUAAAACAAACUUUUUUUCCAGCCGCAUACAAACAUCGCACUUUAAAAAGGGACUACUCAUGUAGCAUGCAUUUUUCUCAUUGAUUUUUGAUGCCCUUAAAAAUUCGAUUAUAUUUCGUGGAAAACGUGCAUAAAAAUAUUCAUUCCUUUGCUCAUUCGGUAGAAAAUAACGUUUUCCUUCCAAUUUUAUGUUCGAAGGAAGGGUGUAAAUCAGUUUUCAAAAACUCUUCCAAUUCCCAAAUAUUCUUGAACCCGACCUGCUCUUACGCUGGCAUCCAGGGUUUCCAAUCUACAAGCCGGAUAUUUUCCGAUUUCGGAAAACCAUACAUUUUUCCACUGUUUAAAGAGGAGACCAAAUGGGGUUCAUUGAUUUAAGCAAUUUAUUCGAGCCAUAUUGUAAGCUUUACAAGCAACAUUGGUAAAUGCAGAAGCACGGUGUUUUAUGGACGAACAUCUCAUGAUAUUAAAAAAUUUCACAAUUAAAGGCUUUUUGAAAACGGAAUUAUACCCCUUCUCCAAGCAUAAAGUUGAAAAAAGACGUAAUUUUCUACCAAAUAUGUAAACGAAUUAAGGUUUUUGGGAUGUUUUUCAUGAAAUAUAGUCGAAUUUUUAAGGGCAUCGAAGAUCAAUGAGAAGAGCGCAUGCUACAUGAGUAGUCAUUUUUUACACUUUGGCAUUUGUAUGCGACUGAAAGAAGUUCGUUCAAAAGCCGGCAUCCCAAGGCAACUGAAUUAUUGUAUAAUUAUGCUGCGGGAUGAAUAAUUUUACAGCUCUGCUUAAGUAAUCUUUUGGAAAUGAAAAUGCAUUUUAGAAUUUUGGUUAACAUUUCCGGAGUUAGCACACCUACUCUAUGUACGAAACGAAGACACUAAACACUUUAAAUAGUUACUAUUUGAGAAUGUUAUCUACAUUUUUAUUAUUCACCAAAUUAUCUUGUAGACAUCAAAGUGAUCCUUACUCAAUGACUGGACGUCGACUUUAAAGAAUAAGUCAGCCGAUGCAGCACUCAUUUUCGUUCUUCUAUUUUUAAACUCACCAAAGCGGUCUUAAUAUAGCUGUAUAUUCAGUAUCUGCCAAAUACUUUGAUCGGUGUUAGCGCAAAAAAAUGAUAUCUACGUGAAUGCUGCUUGCCGGAUAAAAGCCAGUCGCGGUCAGUGCGGCUUAGGAAAUGACUCUGGCGCAAUUCAUGUGUUAUGGCCUUGAGAAUAGUUUUCUGUCAUAAUAAAGCAAAUAAAUGGAUGACCAAGACUGACACAAUUGUGCAAACAUUUAUGCUACACGUAUUUUUUUAUUCUGGCUUUUUUCUUAUAUACUCUUACAGUUUUUCUGAUUUCUAUUUUUGCAUUUUUCACCAUUUUUUACUUACCCUUUUUUCACUCCGUAUGUUUUCCACGGUAUAACAAAAACAAUCAUCGCUUUUUUUUCUUUGAGGAUUUCAGACCAUUUCAGCUAAGUUCUAUUUAGGGAAAGAUAGGCGAAUCCCUUUGAACUCCCUAGUUAUUACAGUAGGUGGGCUAACUCAUUAAAUGUCAACCGAAAUUCUGAAAUGCGUUUCCGUAUCGAAAAGAUUAAUUAGACAGGUUUGUAAAACUGGGCAACUUGCAAAAUAAUUCUAUAGUAAUUCAGUUUCCUCAGGAUGCUGACUUUCGAACGAACCUCCUUCCGGUUGCAUGGAGAAACUACACUCUGUAAAAAAUAACUACCUAAGUAGCAUGAAUUUUUCUCAAUGAUUUAUGAUGCCCUAAAAUUCCAAUUAUAUUUCGUGGAAAACGUGCAUAAAAAUAUUCGUUCUUUCUCCAUUCGGUAGAUAAGUACGUUUUCUCCCAAUUUCAUACUCAAAAGAAGGGUAUAGUUCAGUUUUCAAAAACUCUCCCAAUUCCCACAUAUUCUUGAACCCGACCUGCUCUUACGCUUGCAUCCAAGGUUUCCAAACUGCAAGCCGUAUAUUUUUGCUUACGGAAGACCACACAUGUCUCUACAGCAAUAAUGGCGGAUCAUAUAGUGUUCAUAAUAUUUAACAGUGGAUUUGAUUCAUAUUGUUAACUUUACAUGCCACAUUGGUAAAUACAGAGACAUUUUCACGCUAUUUAAAAGUUCCGCCAUUAUAAAAAUUUUGAAACCGAAUAAUGUCCCUCCUUCGAGUAUAAAUUUAGAAUAAGACAUAGUUACCUGCCGAAUGAGCGAAAGAAUGAAUAUUUCUAUGCAUGCAUUCCAUGAAAUGCAAUUGGACGUUUAAGGGCAUCGAAAAUCAAAGAUAAAAAUUCAUGCUACAUAAGUCGUCGUUUCUUACAAAGUGUAGUUUUCGCAUGCAGUCGGAAGGAGGUUCUUUCGAAAGCCGGCAUCCUGCGGUAACUGAAUUAUUAUAGAAUUAUACUGCAAACCGAUUAUUUUUACAACCCUACCUGAUUAAUCUUUUCGAAACGAAAACGCAUUUCGGAAUUUCGGUUGACAUUUCAUGAGUAAACCCACCUACUACAUAAAACCUCUGAGAAAUAACACCGGCAAAUGGAAAACUGGAAAAGAUAUAACUGAUUACAAAAGCAUGCAACCGCCUCCAAGCCGAUAAAGGGUAAAUACGAACGUACACUCGUUUUCUGCAGGUAUUGUGCGCAAAUUUAAGCUCGGUGACAAGAUGUGGGAGUGUGUAUGUCUGGUAAUUGGGAAGGAUCAUGAGUUUUCAGUUUGCAUUUAAAUGUAUCUACACCGGAGGACAGGAAAACAUCGAUGGGCAUGGCGUUUCACGCUUCCGCCACUCCAUUAGCGAAGAAAAACUUACGCAUACUGAUUUUUGCUUUAUUUGUAUGGAGUUUUGGGUGGUGAUCGUGCAAAUUGGGCGUGUUCGCAUGAGUGGAAAGACCACUGGGGACAAAACAACGGUCCAAGCCAUCUGUAACGCAAGAGGUUAGUAUGGGAUUACCACGUACUUGCCUGUAGGAAAGCGGAAAUAGUUUGAGAGUUGACAGUCUUUUUUCAUUGGGCUGGUUUCCCAAACCUUUGGUUGAUUUUUUUCUCCAGCCUGAGGAUAUUCUCUAAGGCGGUACAGUCCUUGACAUUCUAAGCGCAUUCUAGUAGUUUUGAGAAGCAUUCUCUGCUAAACCGCAUGUAAACUGGCCUGAUGAGUUAAAAUAUAGAUGUGGGCGACUUGGCCGUCUUCGCUGACGUAAGUAUUGGCUUAAGCAAGCAUGCAAUCCACACACCAAAGCUCCUGUGAUUGUCAACUUGUUGCGAUGGUGUAUCAUUUGGAAAGUGAGUCAUCGGGCUGGAGGCUCUGCAGUUGGCGACCUGAAGGAAUUUGCGCUUCCUUGCGUUGAAAGGCACAAGCCAGCACUUCGACCAGUCCUCGAGCCUGUUCAUGUUUUUAUGCAGAUAGUCUCCGUCUGUUGCAUUGUGAAAAACUUUCCAUAAUUUAUGUCGUCAGCAAACAGGAUGACACCUCAAUUUAAAACAGACUGAACCACGUCUAAUUUUCUUAUGCUGAACAUCUGCGUAUUAGGGGUAGACGCAGUAUAUUGGGCUCGCCUUCACGCAGCAUAAGUACGAAAUAUCGGAUUCUACAGAGUCCGAUUCCGUCUCAAAGCGGCAAUCCCUUAACUUUUAAAUUUCUUCGCGAAUAGCCCCGACUGUUAAAUGAAACUAAAACAGAUGGUCCCUCAAGUUCAAGAAUUGGAAAACGCGAAAUGUUUUCUUGACGGCUGUCUUCUAAAAAUCUGACAAUUCUGUUUAUAUUUUGAUAGGCUUUUUGCUUGAAGUUUGCUUAUUUACUGGCUGUUCACUGCGUACCCUAAAUCAUCACGACGUUAUCUGGAAAUUUUGAGGAAGUAUAUAUAUAUAGUUUUUGGAGCCCCAGUUGUUCCAGACCUCGGCGUUAGGUAUGACUGGCUGACGACGGCUGACAAGGCAGAAAUGACCAUUCCAGUAUCCCUUAUCUUUGUCGGUAAUUACAUUCUGCCUUAUUGGAAACUGUAUGACUGAUCUUAGGCAUCUGAUACAACGAUCUGAUUGAUGUGCCAUAAAAUGAUUGUUAAAAUAAUGCUUGCUAAGGGUAAUUAUAAAUUCUUACCCCAAAACCGGUUUUCCUACUUUCGUAACAAUGCAACGCUUGUAUUCUUGCCAAAUGAAGUUAUAAUGUUUAAAAGGGGGUCAUUUUAACACCUGUUCACAGAACUGAAUAGGAAAGGUGGGCUAUGUGUACUACUUGAACUAUCUCCCGACAAAGCGCCAAAUUCUGACGCCUUUUCCCUUUUAUGCAUUUUGAAAUUUUUAGCCGUCUCUGUUAAAAAAACCCAAAUCUCUACUGGCAUCAUGGUAGGGAGGCAGGGUGCAUACCCUCCUGAAUUAUCUUUCGUCAAGGUGCCUGCUUAUUCUGCUGUAACAUAACAAAAAUUAUUCGGCGCAAGCAGGAUUUGUUACAUAUUUAAGGACACCUCAUGUUCCCUCCUAAGAGAUCCCAUCUGCAAAAUCCCUAUUGUCAUCUUCUCCUUAUUACAAAUGGUCCUUUCGCACAGCUCAAAGAUGGGUGGUGUACGCAAAUCCGUUUCUGGCACUGAAUCCGUUUUAAGAAGUGUACCUCUGACAAAGUAAUGGGUCUACCUACAUGGUAAUACCCCAGAACCAACCAAUGAUAGCCAGUCUACGCAGAUACCUGUUUAAAUUGCGUGUAAUAGGAGGAUGGUGGAAAGUAUUUUUUCUAAAGCCGAAUCACUAAAUUUCGGAAUACUUAGCCUUCUGUGCUUAUGGCGUCUUCGACAAUAGAAACUUCCUGUCAUUAACAUAACUGACACGCUACACUGAUAAUGGAAUUAGGCUUCCUCUAAUCCAUUUACACUUACGUCUUUAUGCUCCCUCUCUGACUUUUAUUUUCAACCCACUAAACACUGAGUUAAACACCGAAGUGACCAGAGAAAUGUGCAAAUGCAUCCUUUCUUCAAGUUAUUCUCCAUAAAAACUUGGGGUGAGGUUACUUAGACAUCAAAAUAACCCUCAGGGUCUUAAAUGUGGACCGGGUACCCCGCUGUGAGGUUUUGUUAAGCUAUGGAUUCGGCGACUUCAGAAUGCUCCCGUUUUUACUCAUUUGCACUCAUAAGCGCCGAGCUUUUACGAAGAGGAGAAUUUUUCCUAGGCUUAAUGGCAAUUACUGUUGUGCAUGUGCUGUCUUUUCAAUCGGGCAGUUGUGUUUGAACUCCAUCUAUACGAUCCUUCUCCUUUGGCUUUCCGAACUCCUCCAGAUACGACAGAACUGACUGCGUUUUUAGGCGAGAAAUGUGGAUGUCCAAUCACAUGACAAGCACGAAUCACAAGUCUUUGCUCGAGCGAUACCACCUGCCUUCUGCUAAUUGAAUUUAGUAAAGAACACUUUCUUUUAUAGUUCAUAACCACAAUAUGAUCGAUAAUGUGUCAUAUAUUAGUUCGAAUUUAGCAGGUGCAAUUUUAGCCCGAGUCAAAAGAUAUUCUGUCGUCUUGACGUCCGCGUCAGUAGGUGGUAACUACUGCACACAGAAAACUCGGCAACCAGUAAGCCAACUUUGGUCGUUUUACCUCUACAGAAGUCAACAGCCAUUCUCUGUAUUCAAAUUAAAUUGUCGCAAAGUUAUUUUAUAUCUGGAUUUAAUUCCACACCCAGUAGAAGUCCAAAGGCACCUACAUAAAAACUCUUAUUUGAGGUGCACAUUUAGGUAGUAAAUUUAUGCCCUGAGGUCUACUGCAAAAGAAGAGGAAAGCAAGAUUUUUAAUUUUUCGAUUGGCCAAAUCAGUCGGGUCUGUGAACAGGGUAAAUCGAACUUACCCUCCAUAUAGCUAGGGACAUUUUGUUCAAUGUUACCUAUUCUAUACUCCCUCUCUUCCACGCUUGGCUAGUAUUCAGUCAGUUUCAGGGCGAAAGAGUCUAUCGCAAACUUCACGAGGACAUUUUAUAACAGAAGCCCAACGGAAAUUUUGAAUUCUCUCCAUGUCAUGCUUUUGAAUAUAUGAUGAAUAUUGCUUAAAAGAUGUAUCGGUGACAGUCAUAUCUGCGUACAUUUGACCAUGUCAGAAGCUUUUUGUGAAACGUUAGGCAGUAAACUGAUCAAUUAUGUGGUUUAAAAGACACACACUUUGGGUAUCAGACUGGAUCUCCCUGGCAUCGAUCAGAACAGAAGCAUCUGUUUUCUUUCACAGCCUACGAUUGCUGCUUCCUUCAUAGAGGUGGAGCUAUCAAGUCAGCAGUCGGUACAAAUUUUGGCUUCAUGCAAUCAGCGCAAAAGAGUCGUUUUUUACAAGUCAUUACUCGGAGAUCCAAGCCUGAUUCAACACCUUUUACACAGUUUAGAUACGCAGGUUAUUACUUUCCACCCACAUACUCUAGAUAUUCAUCUUCGUGAACUGUAAAAUGAUAGAAUGUAACUGAGGUUAGAUUGCAGGUGAAGUGCUUUUAAAAUUAAGUUGAUUCGCUGACAAACCGGCCUCGUACACACUCGGUAACGCGCCGUGUAUCAGCAAGUAUUUUUUCUAGUAGGCUUGAAUAGGUUCUAUCACAUAAUCCCCAACAGUCGACUGCCUCGGUGCGAUUCGAACCCGCGAAAAAAACCAAGGCUCUAGGUCAGGUUUCGUAAGUUAAGUGGUUAUAGCGUAGGCUAUACUCAAACCUACACCUUGCCGUCAUGAGUCCGAAUUCAACAGAGGUUUUUCGUGACCCUAUCAGUAGAAUUAAGAUUGGAAUUAACAAUUUCGAGGGAAAUCUACAUCUGAUUAUUUGGCGGACUGUUUGUCGGAUAUUUCUGUCACUUUGAAGGAAGCAACUGGAAGUUCACGCCCCGAAGUAAAUUGACACAGCGUAAAGUUGAGCCAUAGGGUGGUAAUAGAAUUGUUAAACCGUCCAACCACACGCCGCGCCAGACUGCGUUUAUCCUGCCCGCCGAAAACCAACGUCUCCUCUGGAAAUGGAAGCGAUGGGUAGACACAGUUCUGUUCAACCCAUCGUGACUAAUUAAGUCAGUCAUCAGUAACAAGUAUACAGCUGACCAGGGCAAUGAAAACGACAGGUGUGACGGACGUUCAAACGCUGUCCGCCUUCUCCUCAAUUCAUUAUUUUUUCCAAAUGAUUGGCUGUUCUGUUUGAGACAACAGACACCGCACUGAAUGGUGCAGCUUAGCAUUUUUUAUCCCCUCCGAUCUGUAUUGAAUGUCACUUUGGCAAACUUGGUAAGUGUCAUACUUGAAAGACCCCCUGCGACUUGCCCACACCCCUGUUAAUGCCAGCGUCGGCAGUUGGCAAGACAUUUACCUCCUGAUACUUGUUUCUUGAUGACUAAUCAAGCAGAAGAAACUGAAAACCUCGCCUCCUGUCAAGCGGCAUCAAGAGCGCUAAGUACUUAAACGCAUUAAACGUGUACCUGUCUUGAGUCCUGACCUCAGGAGAGCUGUCGAAGUACAAUUAGUUGGCUGGCAGAAAGUGUGCUUUUUGAUUGACUUUAGUUUAAUUGCAGUGGAUUUGCCUGAGGGCUCCCUGCUGCUGCUGCUGCUGCUGCUGCUGCUGCUGCUGCUGCUGCUGCUGCUGCUGCUGCUGCUGCUGCUGCUGCUGCUGCUGCUGCUGCUGCUGCUGCUGCUGCUGCUGCUGCUGCUGCUGCUGCUGCUGCUAGAUGA